AUGCUUAUGUACCCACGUAAGGGUCUCAUCACCGAUCCAUUCAACCCAGAAGACGUCGUCAUACAAGACGACCAGUUCCCACCCGACUUCUACGAGUCCUCUCUGCAGUGCCAACCCACCCGCCUGCAGUCCCCGUUCCAGAGCCUGCCGGACGUCCAGGUUGUGUCUCCGCCGUCUUCCGCGCCCUCAUCGCCCUCUUUCUCUUCUCCGACCUUCUCCAUUUCCUAUCCCCCGACUGAUAGCCAGUCUUUCGGGGCUCCUUCCAUGACCCCGGCACCCUCCAACAACCCGUCAUCUGACUCGCCCUCUCAGCAAUAUCUUCCCCAAUAUCCGCAAUAUUAUACGUCCAUGUUGGCACAACAACCGAUCGCUGGCAAUCAGGCUUGGGACGGCAACCUGCAGCUGCUGAGCCCCGCGCGCAUCCCCUACGCCGGUGUGCAGAAGAAAGCCUCGCCGAACUCGUCCGCACAUGCGACCUCGCCCACCAAUCUCCACCGGCGGUCUGCCAGCUCCUCCAAGCCGCUGCCCACCCCGGUGCAGACGCCCAUCCAGAACUCGUUUUUGGCAGCCCCGUUCCAGCACUACGAUCCGUCAAUCCAGGAUGGGAGCAAUGUCGAGGCCGAGUCAGCCAUGAGAAGGGCGAUUAUGGACCAGCAGAAGCACUCGCCGCAGCAGCAGCAGUCUAGUGAUUAUUCACUGGCUCCUUCAGUGUCGUCGAUGAGCCACAACUCGCCGGUGACGCCGCAGACCAGUCUGGAUGAGCUCGACGACGCAUCGAAGACGAUGACAAAUGGUGAGACCCGAUUUCCUGAAUUUGACCGGUGGAUGGACGAGUACUUACGUCUCGACGCGCUCCCAGAAUACGCCAACAACGGAACCAUGUCCAUGGGAAUUCCCAAGCUGAACCGUACUAUUUCUGAUAUUUACCAAGACGAACUCUACAACCCCACCGUCAUGGCGGCACCUCAGAUGUCCAAGCCGCUUCACCAAAAUCUUCUCACCCCGCGCAAUGUUAUCGCGGAUCGCCUGCAGGCGGCUAACCAGGGUCAUAUGUCUGCGCGCUCACGGUCACCUUUGAAACGCGAGCGCUCACCUUUCCGGACCAGCUCGCCGUUCGCGGCCGAUCUCAGCCAGGCUGCCCUGCAGCAGCCCCAGAUGACCACCAGCAUUCCCAUGGCACAGAACGGUAUGAACAUGGGUCAGCCGGUCACUCAGGGUGAUCUCAAGACCAUGUCUCCCAAGGAUGCAGUGUUGGAUUUCCACGACAAUGAUGAAACCACCAUGCCGCCGCUGUUCCCGACCACCCAGGCCGACUUCAAUUUGGGCGAUGCGCUCAGCGCUCCAGCUAUGCGUCCGUCUCAGACCCUGACUACGAUGGAUGCGUUCCCCAGCCAAUACGCUACGCCGACUCCGACAACCGCGCAGUCGCAGUUCCCCUUCGCGCAGCAGCAGAGUCGCCAUUCGCAGAACAACCUGUUGCAGCAGACGCCGGAGUUCCCAGCCUCGCUGCCGAGGCUAGAGUCUACAGGCAGUGAUGUGCACCCGACUACAGAGCUGACCUCCCCGCAAACUCAGGCCAAAAUGCCGAUCACAGAUGGUAUUCCCCGGCCCAACAACACCACGUCGGAUGCGGGAACCUACACCUGCACCUACCACGGCUGCACGCAUCGCUUCGAGUCGCCCGCCAAGCUCCAGCGGCACAAGCGCGAUGCGCAUCGACAGACGACACCCGGUGGGCAUCUGGUCAGCCGGAACACCUCGCUGCGCAACUCUCAGGCGGGGCCCCACAAGUGCGAGCGCAUCAACCCAUCUACCGGCAAGGCUUGCAACUCGGUGUUCUCGCGGCCCUACGAUUUGACCCGCCACGAAGACACCAUCCACAACGCCCGCAAGCAAAAGGUGCGGUGUCACCUGUGCACCGAAGAAAAGACCUUCAGCCGGAACGACGCCCUGACUCGACAUAUGCGCGUGGUGCACCCUGAAGUCGAUUGGCCGGGCAAACAGCAUCGACGACGGGAUUGA